CAACCACAGCUGCUCCAACCACAANCCACAGCUGCUCCAACAACAAGCACAGCUGCUCCAACAACCACCACAACUGCUUCGACAACAACCACGGCUGUACCUACAACAACCACGGCUGUACCUACAACAACCACAGCUGCUCCAACAACAACCAGUGUUGCUCCAACAACAACCACAGCUGCUACAUCAAAAACCACAGCUGCUCCAACAACCACCACGACUGCUACAUCAAUAACAACAGCUGCCCAUUCAACAAUAACAGCUGCUUCUACAACAGCCGCAGUGAAUCCAAAAUCAACUACAGUUACUCCCACAACAACCCCUUCUGCUCCUACAACAACUACAGCUGCUCCAACAGCAACCACAGCUGCCACAACAACCACAACUUCUGCAAGCACAACCACCACAACUGCUUCUACAAAAACCACAGUGUCUCCAACAACCAUAGCUCCAAAAACAACUACAAGUGCCUCAACAACAACCGCACCUAUUCAUACAACAACCACCAAUGCUCCUACAACUACCACUGCUGCCAGAACAACUACUACAACUGCCCCAACAACAACCACAGCUUCUCCAACAACAUCCACAGCUGCUACAUCAACAACCACAACUGCUUCUACCACAACCACAGAUGCUCCUACAACAAUCACAGCUACACCAAAAUCAAUCACAGUCACUCCCAGAACAACCCCUUCUGCUUCUACAACAACCACGGCUGCUCCAACAACAACCACGGCUGCCCCAACAAAAACCACUUCUGCUCCUACAACAAUUACAUCUGCUCCUACGACAACCACAACUGCUCCUACGACUACCAAAGCUGCCAGAACAACAGCCAUAGCUGUUUCACCAACAACCAGAGCUUCUUCAACAAUAAUGACACCUGCCCCAACAACAACCACUUCUGCUCCUAUGACAACCACAGUUGCUUCAACAACAACCACAGCUGCACCAACAACAACCAUUUCUGCUCCUACAACAACAACAACCGCUGCUCUUACGACAAACACAGCUCCUCCAAAAACAACUACAGCUGCCCCACCAACAACCACAGCUGCUGCAACAACAACCAAGGCUGCACCAAGAACAACCACAGCUCCUACAAUGACACCCACAGCUGGUCCAACAGCAACCACAGUUGCCACCACAAACACCACAGCUCUUUCAUCAACAACCACAGUUGUUUCUACCACAACCACAGCUUCUCCAAAGACAACCAAUUCUGCUCCUACAACAACUACAGCUGCUCCAGCAGUAACCACAGCUGCUCUUACGACAACCACAGCUGCCACAACAUCCACCACCACUGCUACAUCAACAACCACAGCUGCUUCUGCAAUAACCAUGGCUACUCCAACAUCAACCACAUCUGCUCCAACAACAACCACUGCUGCUCCUAUAACAACCACAGCUUCUCCAAAACUAUCCACAGCUACUCCUAUGACAACCACAGCUGCGGAAACAACAACCACAGCUGCACCAACCACCACAACCGCUGCUACAUCAACAAUCACAGCUUCUUCUACAACAUCCACUGCUUCUCCAACUACAACUGCAGGUGCCCCAACAACAACCACAGCUACCCCAACAUCAACCACAGCCGCACCAACAUCAACCACAGCCGCACCAACAUCAACCACAGCCGCACCAACAACAACCACAGCUGCUCCUACAACAACCACAACUACUCUUACAACAACCACAACUACUCCUACAACAACCACAGCUACUUCAACAUCAACCACAACGGCACCAACAACAACCACAGCUGCUCCUACAAAAACAACAACUACUCCUACAACAACCMCAACUUCUAUAACAACCACAGCUACUUCAACAUCAACCACAGCUGCUCCAACAACCAAAACAGCUGCACCUACAACAACCACAGCUGCUCCAUCAACAACCAUAGCUAUCCCAACAAUCAAAACAGCUGCAACAUCAACAACCACACGUACUCCAGCCACCCUCAUAUCUGCUUCAACAGCAUCUGCUCCAAAUGCUACUACAACUACUAAAUCUUCAACAACAACAAUAACCACACCUGCUCCAACAACCCCCAUGUCUGCUUCAACUGCAUCCACAGCUGUUCCAAAUACUGCUACAACU